AUGGCUUCCAAUGAUUCCAGCUUCGAUCCACUCACCCAGAGCUUUACUAUUCUCAUGGCCGAUGGCGUCACGACUGUGGCCAUCACUCCUAUCGACGUCGACUAUUUCUACUACUACAAUGUGGCUAGUUGUAUCAACUUCGGUGCUCAGGCGGGAGCUUGCUUAUUGAUGUUUUUCGUCGUCGUCGUUCUCACCAAGGCAGCCAAGCGCAAGACCCUCCUCUUUGUGCUCAACAUCCUCUCACUCCUUCUCGGCUUCCUCCGCGCUCUUCUCUUUGCCAUAUAUUUCGUGCAGGGCUUCAAUGAGUUCUACGCAGCUUUCACAAUGGAUUUCAGCAGAGUACCAAGAUCGGCAUAUGCUACUAGUGUUGCUGGUAGUGUCAUCCCUCUUCUUAUGACCAUUACAGUCAAUAUGUCUUUGUACCUUCAAGCUUAUACCGUAUGCAAGGGCUUGGACGACAUAUAUCGAUUUAUCCUCACUGGUCUCUCUGGUCUCGUUGCUCUACUUGCAAUCGGCUUUAGAUUCGCCGCUACGGUCGUAAACUGCAAGGCCAUUUUGUCAACAGCUGCUUCUUCUGUGCCGAUGCAAUGGUUGACCAAAGGAACACUUGUUACGGAGACAAUUUCCAUUUGGUUCUUCUCCCUCGUGUUCACAGGAAAAUUGGUUUGGACUCUUUACAAUCGUCGAAGACAUGGAUGGAGACAGUGGAGCGCCGUGCGAAUUCUCGCUGCUAUGGGAGGCUGUACGAUGAUUAUCCCUUCCAUAUUUGCGGUCCUUGAAUAUGUAACCCCUGUGGCACUCCCAGAAGCAGGAACUCUUGCUCUUACCAUGGUCGCACUCUUACUUCCCAUCUCUUCACUUUGGGCCAGUAUGGCAACUGAUGAAGAAAUGUCUUCUAUCGACCUGUCCAAUCUUUCCGGUAUGGGUAAUACAAACGUUUCUUCUCAGCCAAACGGGAGCUAUUCACGCAAGACAUACGCUAGCGAUAUCACGGCACAGUCCUCCCGACUCGAUUUCCAGUCCAGAAAAGGAAGCAGCGCCACAAGAAAGGGCAGCAACGCCAUGGAGCAGGUUACUACAAUUGACUCCGCUGCGGAUAGUCAGGCAACAUAUGUUCCGCGAGAUAGCACGGAAUUGGACCUCGAAGCUAUGGGUGUUCGCAUUGAUAAGUCAUAUGGUGUUCAAAAAGCAUGA